UCAGUCCGUGCCACCCCAGGGUGGGAAUGCUAAGACAGACAGGCAGUUUAUUUUUGGGUAAGUGACAGUGUGUCAAUGGCCGCAGAUGCGUCGCAAAGGAAGGCUCUGAGAUAUCAGCAAACCCUGCUAUAUGGAGAGUACAGGGAACAUCCCGGUGGGUCCCAGCGCAGAGAGGCCACUCGUCUACUAACAGAGAGACAGAGGAAAAAACAUGGUGGACAUCACCACCACAGCCACCAUGGUCACCAUGGGCGGAGUCACAGCCGAAGUCGACAUCGCACCCAUCAUCAUCUGGAACUGGAGAUAGGGAGUCAUGACAGACAGGAGCAAGAGGAGGCCCACACAUCCUCAUUCAAGAAACGCCGCUCUUAUUCCAAGUGCAGAGAUUGUGUGGCUCGGGUACAGAAGUUCCUUGUUUCUAAACUGGGAGAAGAUUGGAUCUUUCUGGUGCUCCUUGGUAUUACAAUGGCAUUAGUAAGCUGGAGCAUGGAUUACGCUAGUGCCAAGAGUCUUCAAGCAUAUAAAUGGUUUUAUGCGGAGUUGAAGGGAAACAUCCCGCUGCAGUACCUGGUCUGGGUCUUCUAUCCUAUGGCGCUCAUCAUUUUUGCCUCUCUCUUCUGCCACCUGCUUGCUCCUCAGGCAAUUGGCUCUGGUAUUCCAGAGCUGAAAACCAUCCUUAGAGGUGUUGUGCUGAAGGAGUAUUUGACACUUAAAGCAUUUAUUGCCAAAGUGGUUGGACUCACUGCUGGCCUGGGCAGUGGACUGCCAGUUGGAAAGGAGGGUCCAUUUGUUCAUAUAGCCAGUAUCUGUGCCGCUGUGCUCAGCAGGUUUAUGUCCUUCUUCUCUGGAGUCUAUCAGAGCCCAUAUUGCUAUACAGACAUCCUCACAGUGGGUUGUGCUGUAGGGGUCGGAUGCUGUUUUGGGACCCCUCUUGGAGGUGUGUUGUUCAGCAUUGAGGUCACAUCAACCUAUUUUGCUGUGAGAAACUACUGGAGGGGUUACUUUGCUGCUACGUUCAGUGCUUUCAUAUUCAGGGUGCUGUCUGUGUUCAAUAAAGAUGCAGUCACCAUCACUGCUCUCUUCCGUACCAACUUCCGCAUGGAUUUUCCCUUCGAUCUGCAGGAGCUCCCAGCGUUCGCCAUUAUUGGGAUAUCGUGUGGCUUUCUUGGAGCUUUUUUCGUAUACCUGAACCGCCAAGUGGUCCUGUUUAUGAGGAGGCCGAACAUCCUCACUCGUUUCUUAACAAAACACCGACUGAUCUUCCCUGCUGUUGUGACCUUAGUGAUUACGACACUGACAUUCCCUCCGGGCUUCGGACAAUUCAUGGCUGGAGAGCUGAUGCCCAGGGAAUGCAUCAACUCGCUGUUUGAUAACUUCACCUGGACAAAAAUAUGGGGCUCUCCUCCUCCACCUGGUCUCGGGCGCUCGGCUGUCUGGUUUCACCCUGAUGUCAGUGUCUUUGUCAUUCUCAUUCUCUUCUUCAUCAUGAAGUUCUGGAUGUCUGCAGUUUCCACCACGUUGCCCAUCCCAUCUGGAGCCUUCAUGCCUGUCUUUGUAUUGGGUGCCGCAUUUGGUCGUUUAGUGGGUGAGAUCAUGGCCACUCUCUUUCCUCAUGGGAUCAUGUUUGAUGGAAUACUGUACCGCAUCAUCCCUGGAGGGUACGCUGUCAUUGGUGCCGCAGCGCUGACGGGCGCGGUCACCCACACCGUUUCCACGGCAGUGAUCUGUUUCGAGUUGACUGGUCAGAUAUCUCACAUCCUCCCUAUGAUGGUUGCCGUCAUUCUGGCCAACAUGGUAGCCCAGGGCCUGCAACCCUCACUGUACGACUCCAUCAUCCAGGUCAAGAAGCUGCCGUAUCUCCCCGAGCUAGGAUUCGGCCACAUAAGCCAGUAUAAUAUCUUCGUGGAGGAUAUCAUGGUGAGGAAAGUCAAGUUUUUAUGUUCCCACUCCACAUACAGAGAAGUUCUGCAUUUACUGGAUUCAGCGUCCUUAAAAUCCUUCCCUCUGGUUGACUCAAAAGAAUCUAUGAUUCUAUUGGGCAGCAUUGAGAGAUCCGAGCUUCUCGCCCUCUGUGAUUGGUGGCUGUCAGCAGAGAGGCGGAUCAUGAUGCAAGGACAGGGCUCACAAGGUCAGGCGCCAUGUGCCAGAGUCAGCUGGGAAUCGUUUGCCUUUGUCGAUGAGGAUGGAGAGGAGAAUGAAGAUGAAAAUGAAUUAGACAAAGGGAUGCAGAAAGAGACGAUGCCAGUUGAAGAGGAAAGAAACGGUCCUGUCUCACCUCCUAAACCAUCAGAACCUUCAACCAAUCACACGUCUCCUGAUAAGGCUCCUUCACAGUCUUUCGGGAGAAUAGUACGAAAUUUCUUUUCGUCCUCUUCAGAAAAACACACAGAAGGUCAGCCACAGGAGUCUAAUACUCCACCUUUGACAGAUACAAUGACACCAGAGGAGAUCAAAGCAUGGGAGGAGGCAGAGAUGGACAAACCUUUGGAAAUCGAUCAGAUCAGAAUAGACCCCUCCCCCUUUCAGCUAGUAGAGAGAACAUCACUACAUAAGACUCAUACUCUGUUCUCUUUACUGGGGCUGAGUCAUGCCUACGUAACCAAUACUGGGAAACUGGUGGGAGUUGUAGCACUGAAAGAGCUUCAGAAAGCCAUCGAGGGCUCCACACGUAGCGGCGUGCGCUUACGCCCUCCUCUGGCCAGUUUCCGGGACACCAUUCGUAAGUCUGCGAAGCCUCCUCAGGCGUCCUCGCCUCCAUCCUCUCCGUGCUCCACCACGGCCCCUGCCUCAACCCUUUCUGCCCCCGUGGUUCCUCACGGCCCUUCCUCGAGCCCCUUAGCCCCAGAGAAGGACCAGAAAGAGGAGAUGGAGGUGUGGAUUGAGGGUGUUAAGCGGGAGGUAAUAGUGGAGAACAGCAGGAGCACGACAGGAAGCAGCAGGAGUAGUAGUGGGACAGGAAGUACUAACAGUGAGGCAGGAAGUCCCAAUAGUAGCCCCACACUGCCGCCCACCACUCUUUCCCUUAUCCCUCUCUCCAACCUGCAGCCUGUACCCGAAAACAAGGAGGGUGAGGACGAGGAAGAAGAGCCGCUUUAGAACGAAGAGGUCUUUCUUUGUUUCUCUUUACUUUGAUGUGUUAUUGUGUUUGUUCACUUCAACUUUUAUAUAACAAGUUUAUGUUUUUUAGUCAUGUUUUUUUUUUUUUAAGGUUUUACAAUGUCCAAUUUAGUGUCCCUCAUCCUCUCACAAACAAAUUCGGUCAAACAUUAGAAAGUUUUUUGGAUGGUUAUCACAAUGUGCCCCAAUAUAAAAAAACCUAAUACAAUUAAAAUAUAACAUCCCUGUGUCUUGUCUUCCUUUUCAGUCAGUCUGUGACUUACUUACUAAUGUUUUCAGUGCCAUUCUGCAUUAAUUGUUUUAGUGGAAGUCAAAAAGAAUUUUCUUUCUGAAUUUGGCUAUUUCUGUCGCACCUCAAAGCAAAUGUUGGCCAGCAGGUGGCACAUUGUGAACUUUUUCAGAAUUUAAAAGGAAGGAGUCUCUCUCUUCAUGUCUUUAUUUCUGUAAUAUUUUUCUGUUUUGUAACUAUUUUAUUUCAGGGUGUGUGCUGUCUUUUUUCGAAACCUGUCCUGUGGUUCACCUUAUCUCUCAAAAAUACUCUCAGGUGUCUCUCAUGUCUUUAAACCAAGACUGCUGUUUAUGAACAAUCUAUGUGGAAUCAUGUGAUCUAUUGUCAGUUCAGUGAAGUUUGAGUUAUAUGUGUUUUUCAAUUUGUUUCUCAUCCUUAUUUAUUUAUUUAUUCAUCAUUUUUUUUCUGUGUGAUGGGAUGUUGACAGAAACUUAAGAAAUUCUGGCUUGUUUCAACCCAUGUUUGGGUCAUUUAUGGACAUUUGUGACCCAUCUAAAGUCUUUUUUUUCUGGGUGAUUUACACUAUUUCGGUUUUCUGCAUGAAGUCAUCCUAUCAUCCUACUAUUAUGUAAAUUCUGAGAAAAUAUAAUAUUGC